AUGCAGGAGCGUAUCAUUCCCGUAAACAACUCAGUAUCGCUGAAUAUUGAUGAUGUUUUUGCUCGUACUCGGGUACAGUGUCUGUCCAAUGGUUCAGCCGAUUCAGUGAGCAUCAACAAUGUCGUCGUGGAUCUGAAGCGUAGCAAGCGAUUCGUUCAUUGCUUUAAUGUCUCUUCCACGACCAACUUCCCUGUUGGAGCCGGACUGGCAUCAUCUGCUGCGGGAUUUGCUGCAAUCGCAUUUGCUAUUGGUGUGAUGUUUGAUUUAACCCCGAAUGAAGUCUCUGCUUUGGCGAGAACUGGGUCUGGCAGUGCAUGUCGCAGCGUUUUUGGUGGGCUGGUGGAAUGGGAUGCAGGAAUUGAAUCUUCUGGGAUUGAUAGCGUCUCUAAGCAACUUCUUCCUGAGUGGACAUGGCCUGAUCUUCGUGCUAUUAUCAUUGUACUGGAUGAGUCCGAGAAGGAGGUUGGUAGUAGCGAAGGAAUGCGAAGAACUGUGAAGACAAGUACACUUCUGCCGUAUCGUGCGAAAGAAGUCGUACCUAAUCGAAUUAGGAUGUUGUAUGAAGCGUUCAAGGCGCAUGACUUUGACGAAUUUGCACGUAUCACAAUGGCGGACAGCAACCAGUUCCAUGCGAUUUGUCUGGAUACAUAUCCUCCGCUCAGGUACAUGUCGGAUGCAUCGUGGAUGGUCGUCCGCGCAGUGGACAACUUUAAUUCACGAGGUCAAAUACGAGCUGCUUAUACUUUCGAUGCCGGUCCGAAUGCUUGCGUUUUUAUUCAACAUGACGACAUGGCACCGUUUUUGCAGCAUCUAUCCGAUUACUUAACAAUUUCUCCCGAGCUUCUGAGUGGUUCUGAAUACGUCGACUGUAUCUCACACUCUACUACUCAGAGAAAACCUGCUUUGAUAUUUACCGUCAAGAACAUUGUCAUUAGUAGGGUAGGCGGUUCACCAAGAGUAGUGAGUUAA